UUCUCUGCGGCAUAAAUGAUCGAAUGUUACACUUUUCCGAUCCAAUUUUACAUCCUUUUGGAGGCCUGUCUGGAGGUUGGUCUCACGCUCUUCAAUUCAAGCUUAGUGGCACACGGCCAUAACCUAACUGCCAUCUAUGUAGUGCUAGAAAAUGUGCAAGCAGCGCUGAUUCCGUGUGUUGGUAAACAACAAAUUUCUGCGCUCUCGAUUUGUUUUAUUCUGUGCCUUUCUGUGUUAAUUUUGCUAUUAAAACCACUAAAAUGAAUGCUGGACGCAAGGAUCAAGAGCAAGCUCAAGCGGCCGCUGCCCAGUCCGGUCUGAGGCCAUCACGACCACCGACUUUCGAUCAGCGCAUGCAGGCAGUGGAGGACGGAAUCGAAAAACUGGCUGAAAUGAUCGAGGAUUACAAGAGAUGUUACCGAUCGACUGAACCGGAACCGCAGGCCAAGACGCCGAAGCACAAAGCAGCGAAUGCACCAGUGAAUGCACCAGCGAGUGCACCAGCGAAUGCACCAGCGAGUGCACCUGUGAAUGCACAAGCGAAUACUCUGGGAAAAAACGCAACGAAUGCAAACGGCAAGGAGCCCCGAGUGAAGAAACCAACGAGCACCGAAUCCAUGGCACCGACCAGCUACCAAGCCAUGGUACAGCCAAAAAUCGAAGCCUCACUGACAAUGGACCUCACAACAACCAUCAAAGCCAUUGAGAAGAUGUGGCAGCCGAAGCACCAGGUGCCACCAAAGAAGAUCAAAUUAAGCUCCCAAUCUGAGGCACCAUUGAAGAUCAGACUGGAACUGGAAGGCUCAGAGGGCAUGUCGCCACCGAAGACAGAAUCCGUGGAAUCGACUAGCACCCAGGCUAUGGCACCAAAGAAGAUCAAAGGAAGCUCCCAAUCUGAGGCACCAUUGAAGAUCAAACUGGAACUGGAAAGCCCAGAGGGCAUGUCGCCACCGAAGAUAGAAUCUGUGGAAUCGACUAGCACCCAGGCUAUGGCACCAAAGAAGAUCAAAGAAAGCUCCCAAUCUGAGGCACCACGGAAGAUCAGACUGGAACUGGAAGGCUCAGAGGGCAUGUCGCCACCGAAGAUGGAAUCCGUGGAAUCGACUAGCACCCAGGCUAUGCCACCAAAGAAGAUCAAAGAAAGCUCCCAAUCUGAGGCACCACGGAAGAUCAGACUGGAACUGGAAGGCUCAGAGGGCAUGUCGCCACCGAAGAUGGAAUCCGUGGAAUCGACUAGCACCCAGGCGAUGGCACUAAAGAAGAUUAAAGGAAGCUCCCAAUCUGAGGCACCACGGAAGAUCAGACUGGAACUGGAAGGCUCAGAGGGCAUGUCGCCACCGAAGAUGGAAUCCGUGGAAUCGACUAGCACCCAGGCUAUGCCACCAAAGAAGAUCAAAGAAAGCUCCCAAUCUGAGGCACCACGGAAGAUCAAACUGGAACUGAAAGUCGAAGACUCACCGCAAAAAGACGAUGAUCCAGCCAAUAAUUCCAUUGAGAUGUUGCAGCAGGAGUAAUCGGUUGAAAAUUGUAACCAAGAGAGCCCUUCGACAGGGCACAACUGGAGAAGGGACACGUGAAUUUUUCUUUUUUUAUUAGACACUAUGAAAGUGUGAUGAGGAUGGUCCUCUUCCAAUCGAAAACUAGAGACCUGUUAUUAGUUAGAGAUAGUUAUUAGACUAUUAGUUCUAUAAAUUAAGUAUAACCUUCAAUCAUUUCUAUGUGCUCAUUUUUCCAGAUGAAGACACUAAAUUAAUUUCUAUAAUUUCCAGAAAAAACACACCCAGUCUUAGAUAUACUUACAUACAUAUUAACAUAUCAACCAAAAUUGAGUGCCAAAACCUAUUUUCAAACUAAUUUGUUAACGAACUUAAUCUUUUUCUAAAUAUAACUAUGUUAAAGCGCAUA